AUCGCUCUCUCGAAAAACCACCGAGCGAAAAAAACCGGAGGCCCUCGAAGGACUACGACGACGACGACGACUGUUUUCCCGAACUGAGAGCAGCAUCGGAGAAAUGCCUUCCCUGCAACAGACUAGCUUCAAAGACUUCCCCAGCCCGGACAUUGCCAGAUCACUGACGGGGCCAGACAUUCUCCAGAAGCAUUCCAUUAACUCGCUGCUGCUGGAGCACAAUGAGAUCAUCACCCGGGGACUCCCGUCACCGAUUGAAGACAACAUGUCCCUAUCGGAUCUGCUGAGUGGCUCACAGUCAUCCUCUCCGACUUCGGCAUCGUCCUCGUUGGUGACAAGCUCAACCACAUCGUCGGCCAAAAAUGGACCCAAUCACCACCACCAUCACCUCCAGCAACAACAACACCAGGUCCAGAGCGGCCACCACCAUACGCAUCACCUGCACCACCAUCCAACGCUCGGGUCGUUUUCGUCGAUUUCUUCCCUGAGCGGUGGCGGUUGCGAUGACAGUGCCAGCAGCAUGAUUAGCUCCGGAUUGAGCGGCUCGCUAAGUGCCAGUUUAGGAGUUGGUGGUUCUGCUGCGAAUCCGUUCAACUUUGGCAGCCUGCGGAUUCCCAGUCCGUCGCUAAACUCGCCGGAUCUUAUGACUGGUGGUGGACUGCUGGGGUGUGACCUCAUUGGCGGAAGUCAUAGCAGUAGCAGCAGUAGCAGCAGCAGUAGCGGAAUCAGCUGCGGUGGAGGUGGCAGUGGUAGCGGCAGUGGCAGUGGCCAAUCUCCAACGGUGCGAACGUUUUACUCGAGCGGCCUGCAGACGGCCACCGCCUCAGCUGUUGGUGGUGGGACUGGUCGGAGCGGAAGUGAAGAAACAUCUACCGGCAGUGGAUAUGACGAGUUUAGGUUCGAGAACGAUCUGAUGAUUGGAUGCGGCAGUACCGGCAACAGUAAUUCGACCGGCGGAUUGGUUACCGAAACCGCCAAACUUAGACGACGAAACAUCAGUUUCGAUUGCUCAUCUCCAACGAUGGCUAACUCUAGUUUAGGCGAGGGCGCAUCGCCACCGCUUACGUUGAACACUCGGAACUAUCGAAAUGCGACCUUUGGCCAACUGCAGCAGCAUUCUCAGCCGUACGAUGUCAACUGCACUGGCGGUACUGGUGGUGGGAGCAGCAGCGUUAUUGGUUUUGAACCAAACCCGUCAUCCAGUGGUAGCUCUGGCAGUCACAGUGCUGCGCCACUGUUCACGGCUAGCAAUGGAUCGCUUUCACGAUCGCAAUCGCCCCUGGAAACGGACACAAGCAAUUUGCUGACGAGCCUCGAGAGCACGAGCAUUUUGGAUAUGCUAAACUACCUUACUCUCAGUCAGAGUACUUCCACAGCAAACAAUCUUGCUCAGCAUCAGCACCAGCACCAACACCAACACCAGCACCAAAAUCAGUUCAGCCCAUUUUCCACGCUUAGUUCGUUGUAUCAACAGCAACUGGCGGGAUCAAACUUCGGUAACAGUGGUGGUGGUGGUGGUGGUACCGGUGGAGGUGGUGGCGGUCUAAGCGGCCUCAACCUAGGCAAUGGGUUAAACAGUGACUACGAAAGGUUGCACAAUCUGCAGACACUGAACACACUGCGCUUGCUACAGCAAUCCCAGCAGCUGUCGCAGUUGCAGCAAAUCCAGUUCAAUCAAUCGCUCCUACCUGCGACCAGUGCUGCCAGUAGCAUGUACGGUGCCUGUGGUACUCUUAGUACAUCGAAUCAAGGACUAAACUCUUGCCUGCACGGCAGCAAUAAUGGAUCCGGGAUGAACAGCGGCGGCAACAGCAACAGCACGUCACUGAAAGGCUGGGCAACGCAGCAAAACCAGCUACAACUUCAGAAGCAAAGCUCAUCUUUGAACCACAACGGGACUGCGUCAUCUGCUGGGACUGGCUAUUCGGACGUAAACCUUGAUCGAAUUGCCAGAUUUCACCGGUCAUCCGCCGCUCAUUACGAUGCUACCUGCACCUGGAGUGGCAUUUUGCCACCACGUUCAAAUCGGCUGGUGACUUAUUCGUCGAAAAUUUUCCUCGGAGGUAUGCCGUGGGACAUCAGUGAGCAGUCGUUGGUGCAGAUUUUCAAACCGUUCGGCUCUAUAAAAGUCGAAUGGCCCGGAAAGGAACAGCAAGCGACACAACCGAAAGGUUACGUGUACAUCAUCUUCGAAUCGGACAAGCAAGUGAAAGCGCUGUUGCAAUCUUGUACUUACACCUACCACAGCGGUGGUAACACAGGUUCUAACGGUGGCUACGGAUCGAACCGUACACUGAACAGUGCGUCGUCCACUAGUUCGCUAAACAACUACUCUUCGAUGUGCGACGAUGUGUCUUCUCCCCAGCAACAGCAACUGUGUUCCAUGUCCGGUAUGAACAAGCCGAUAGCCCCGGCAGGCGCCAAGAUCAACUUCAAGAUAUCCUCCAAGCGCAUUAAGUCGAAGGAUGUGGAAGUGAUCCCGUGGAAUAUCGCGGAUUCGAACUAUGUAAAAUCCACCUCACAGAAACUCGAUCCAACAAAGACCGUGUUUGUCGGCGCGCUGCACGGUCAGCUGACGGCCGAGGGAUUGGCGAAGAUCAUGAAUGACCUGUUCGAUGGCGUCGUCUACGUUGGUAUCGACACGGACAAGUAUAAGUAUCCGCUCGGAUCGGCGCGUGUGACGUUUAACAAUUCGCGCUCCUACAUGAAGGCCGUCGUGGCUGCUUUUAUUGAGAUACGAACGGCCAAAUUCACCAAGAAGCUGCAAGUGGAUCCAUAUCUGGAAGAUUCGCUAUGCUCAAUGUGCACGGUACAACACGGACCAUACUUUUGUCGCGAAACAAUGUGCUUCAGGUACUUCUGCCGUUCGUGUUGGCAAUUCCAGCACAACCGGGAUGGUUCCCUUCAGACUCAUAUGCCGCUAACUAGAAACUCGAAAUCAACCGUAAUCAUCGGUGUUGGGCCACAGUCGCACGCCGCAGCCAACAACCAUCAUUUACAGCAACAGCAGCUCAACUCCUUCGAUCACAAUUCUUCGUACUACGGUGCUAAUCAUCACCAUACCCACCACCAUCAUCACGGCCCCAAUCAUUCAAUGGGACAUCAGUCGAACUCCGGUUCGCUGUCGCACAGUCAGUAUCAUCAUAGCAACAACAACCACCAUCACGGUGGGCACCGUGAUCAUCAUUCGCAUCAUCAACAACUACACGCUGGAAGCCGUUUGGCGUUGCUCCAGCAACGCUAUCGGGAUCUAUCAAAGUCUCCCUCACCGCCAUGCAAUGGUUUGGGAGGAGGGAGUGCAACCAACAGUCAUAACAGCAGCCCGAUCAACAGCAGUAACAGCGCCGGUGUUGGCAGCGGCACCAGCAACAGCAUAACAAGUUGCGUUCAUAAGGCAAGUAGUAGCAACACAGGGUCAUCGUCAGAUUCGGGUUUACUCUCAUCCUGCGGGAGCUCAUUGCAUCUGCAGCAUCCGUUUGCAGCCAGCAGUGGCGCUGCUAGCGGCGGGGGCGGUGUUGGUGGUGGUGGGUUGGCCAUCUAAAGUCAACCACUGCGAAGCGUUAUUGUUUCCAUUGGUCUUUCUUUGUCAAUUCCAUUGGAAUUAGCUUUUUUUGGUUGUCUUUUUGCUUUCGGUAUGUGAAACUUACUUUUUUCAUUAUUAGGGUUUUGUCGGUUUUGGUUUGGUUCAAUUUUUGUUUGAAUUAACGUCACCCUCGGAAGGCAAAAUUUUAGUCGUAGUAUUCAAAAUCCUACUCGUUUUUUUCGAACACUGCUGGUGCUUUUUUGUUGGCCAUCGAUGGAAUGCAAAACUGAACAAGCAAAGGGGAAGUAAAUCCAUAAGUGGACGUUGGAAACAAAUUUCCUCGAUUGAAAUUCAUGGUUUACCUUAACGUCUAGGUGGUGCUUUGCUUGAGGAAAGUAUGAACAAUGUAAAGGAUGAGCAUUCGCGAUUGGCUUCAACAACGUUCCCAUUUGGGCAAGGCCCCGGUCCCUUACUUUUAUUUCGGGUUCUACAUCGCGUGAAAGAUUGUAGUUGUAAUGAAUAGUUCGUUAAUUUUACCCAAUAGUUUCAUUUUUGGAUGGAAAUUUUCACUAUUGUCGCGUUUUAAGUUAGCGCAAUGGAAAGUGAGUGAUGCAUGUCAGGCUGCGAAAGCGAUCUGUACUUUGCACCAUAGCAUGGAAAGUGUGUGAUCUUUGAAAGACACUUCGCAAAAAAACACAAUAAUCUGCAGGAACCGGAUUGGCCGAAGCAACAAAACGAUUUUAGAACAUUGCGAAACAGUUACUGAAGCAACUGUGUAUCGCAGUUUUGACAUAGAGCAUUUAGCAGGUUCGAAUCUCUGAGCAAGGAUUAUUUUGAUUUGUUUUGGUUUGCGUUUCCCGAUUGCUUCUUUAUUGAUACUCAAAAUUGAUACUCCACAAAGUGGUAAUCACAACACCGCCCGCCCGAACUGUUAGCAGCAACCACUUUAAUGCUUAAUAGUCCUCGAAGACCCUUACAAUAGAAAUUGUCAUUGUAAUCAUUCAAAACUAGCGCUUCUUAAAAUGCUUCUAAUUUGUUGUUCUGGUGCACAACACGUUGCCUAAACACCAAUUUAAAAAAAACGUGCCAAUCGUGACAUUUUACAUCCACAUCGGAGAAAAUCACACGCCCACCCGAUCGUUUAAUGCCUUUUAUGGAAGGGUUGCCUUAAAGUGUUUACAUUUUACGACAGUAAACACUGAAAACAGCCGUAGCCUGUGCAAAACUUAUGGAGCAAGAACUUCAGCACGAUUUUAACAAGCCUGGUGGUUUUGAAAAUCCAGUAUUGUUUUAGGCGAAGUAAAACUUAUGAACAUGUGGGAUGAUGGAUUUAGCUACAAGUAACUGCGUUAGAUUGCUAUCGCUGCGUGGCAGAUGAUCGUUUGAUAUUAUUGGCUUGGCGUAUAUACAUUUGCUUAGUUUUAAAAUCAAAAUUGAUAGAAACAAGAAUGCAACAAAAGAAUGAAGAAUGCAUUACAAAAGCAAGAACUCUAAAGGAAAUAGGGCGCGCAGUGAGUGAAACUCUAGUGUAUUGCGAGAAUUAUUAUAUGAAGCGUUUGGCGUUUGUUUGUCAUUCAGUUGGAGCAGUUUACUAACUAUCUUUGAACAGCAUGCAUAAGAAGUGCAUUGAUAGCAGAGUUUUGAUUGAUAGAAAGAGGGGGAAUGUUUUCUCUUUCUUUAAUUUAUUUAUUAAUUUAUUUAUUUAUUCUGCGCCCGUUCAUUCGUAUGUGUGUAUUUAUUUGUAUUUAUAAUUCCUACGUUCUUUACUUCAACACAAAAAGCAAACAAAACGAUUAAUAUUCACAUGUCUGGCUGAUGAUGAAGCGUGUCACAUUAAAGCUUUUU